AUGGAAGUCCUGUCCUCGCCCGCUCCCCCCUCCCCCCCGCAUCCAAAACCCCAUGUCCAGCGCGCGCGCAGCAGCAGCCGUCCCAAGCCCGACGUGCUCGACUCGAUCCUGCUCAGCACGUCCACCCCGUCCUCGCCCACGAAGCGCAUCGCCGCCGCGCACAGCCUGCUGUGCCCGCGGCGCGCCGCGGAGCACGCGCGCGCGAGCGUGACGAUGUCGCCCGCGACCGCGACCGGCACGCUCCGCGCGCCGCCGCCGCGCAGCAAGGCGUUCGUGCCGCUCACGCCGAUCAUGGCGUCCCCCGUGAUGACGCCCGUGCCGAGCGAGGGCGACUACCUCACGCGAGGGGAGCAUCCGACGCCGCCGCCGCGGUGGACGUCGACGCCGCCGACGCCGCCGACGAAGCACGCGUUGCCGGGCCCGAGCACGGAGCCGCCGCGGCGGCGGAGCAGGAGCGGCGCGCGCCCGGCGUCGGUGGCGGUUUUCCCGCGCGUGGGCGCGGGGGACGCGCCGGCGCGGAGGGACCAUGACCCGUUUGCGGGGGUGGUGCCGCGGCGCGCGAGGAGGAUGUCGUUGCCUGUGAAUUUGGCGAAGGCGUUGCCGGCGCUGCCGCGGAGUGGGAGUCCGUUGAGGGUGGAGGUGGAGAAGGAGGCGCGGGCGCGGGAGGGGGAGGAAGAGCAGGAGCAGGGGAAGAUGGGGGCGAAGAAGCUGUUUCAUCUGGAUGGGGACGAGGAUGAGGAGGCGGAGGGGGAGCGGCGGUGUGCGGCGUUGGAGAUUGCGCAGGCGGAGUCGGUGCUGCUGCUGGAGCGGGAGAGGGAGGAGCGCGUUAGGGCGGACACGCGGCGGUACCAUGCGCUGAUGGAGCUGCUCACGACGGAGGUCGGGUACCUGAUGGACCUGCGCGCGCUGGUGACGGUGUACCUCGAGCAGCUGCGCGUGCUGACGGCUGCGGGCUCGCCCGCGUCGCACAGCCAGAACCCGACGCCGACGCCGACGCCGCUUCCGUCGCCGGCGCGCACGUCGCCGCCGUCUGCGCUCUCCCUCCCCGCCCUCGGGCUGGGACGCCCGCUCCCUUCCUCGCGCUCGUCCUUUCUGCACGCGUCUCCCCUCCCCUCGCCGUCCGUAUCGACCAACAACGACCUCGGUGCACACCCCCACGAAGACGAAGCGCACCCACACCCCGAGUCCUGCCCGGCGCCUCCCCUGCAGCGCCCGUCGCUGAAGAGACGGAACGCGCGCCGGCCGCUGCUGUCUGAGGACGAUGUGCGGAAGGUGUGCAGGAACGCGGGGGAGCUGCUGCGGUUCCAUGACCGGUUCGUGGAGGAGCUGCGGAGGGCGGUGGGGCCCUUGGGGUUCGGAUCGGCGUUUACACAGGACGAUGGGGGGAGUGGGGAGGUGGAGCGGGUGGACGAGGCUGCUGAGCUCGUUGCGGGGAAGUUUGUGAGCCAGGCGGCGGAGUUUGGGAUAUACGAGGCGUUCUGCCCCGGGCAUAGCGAGGCGGCGGGUUUGAUUCGGAGCGUGCAGGAGACCUACCCCGCGGAGUGGGAGGCGUACGAGCAGCGGUGCUCGCUCCUCCUCGCGGGCCCUGCUGAGACUGCGUCCCCUGUUGAGGAGAUGGCGGCUCCGCCCUUGCCGCCCCCACCACCGCCGCCGUCGUCCUUCCGGUCCCCGAAACGAAAACGCAGACACUCGACGCCGUCCCUCGCGGUGCUCGACACUGCCGCGUCGCUCCCCCAGGCGCUCUCUGCCCACGUCGUCGCCUCGCCCACGCGCUCGGACUGCGUCGAGGCCAAACGCGCGCGGCAGGGCUCCGCCUCCAGCGCCGCGUCCGCCUCCGCGAAAGCGCAGUCGCGCCUCAAGUUUCUGGAUUACCUCAUCAAGCCCGUGCAGCGCAUAUGCAAGUAUCCGCUGCUGCUCGACCAGCUGCGGUGCCGCCCGCCGGGGGGUGCGGCCGUGGAGGGCGCGAGCGAGGCGAUGCGGGUCGUCGUGGGCCUGGUGGACCGCGCGAGCGAGCACCGGGUGCACCUGGUGAAGUCGGCGCUGAUCGCGUGCCGCGUCGCGUUUCAGCCGCCCCCCGUGCCGCCGCUCCCCGGUGGUGCGCCGGUGUCCUCCCGCCCGACGUCGCCGCAGCGGGUGCAGCAUUUGACGCCGGAGUUUGUGGCGUCGCUGGGCCCGUGUCACCUUGCGGGCGCGCUGGAUGUGGUGCACCAUCCUACGGCGCUGCAUGCGCCCAGCGGGACGGUGCGCGCGAAGUAUUUGGGCGCGUUUUUGUAUAUGGGGGGUUAUCUUGUGCUUGUGAAGGUCACUAAAGGCGGGAGGGUGUAUGAGCCUCGGUACUGGUUUUCGCUUGCGGGGUUUGAGGUUGUGGAUGAGGAGGACGACGAGGCGUCGUUGCCGUUCUCGUUCCACCUGUGCGGGCAUGGCCAUGUGUUGCAGCUGGCGACGGCGUGCCAGCAGGAGAAGAUGAUCUGGAUGUCUGCUGUUCAGGAGGCGCUGUCGGUCGAGCCGGCGUGGACGGACGAGCCGCUGUCGAGCUUGCAGGCGGACAAGGACGAUCGCGAGAAGAGCGUGCAGUCUGCGCCUGCGAUGGAAGAAGGCCCGGAGUGGAACUCGCCGAUGCCCUCGCCCCUCCCGACCAUCCAGUCGCUCUCAGAGCUCGAGAACCAGGGCGAGAACCCUAUUGCUGAGACCGUGCAACAGUCCAGGAGCCGGGUGGAGGUGAAGAUGUCGAGGUCGCUCAGGCUGGAGAGCAUACACCGACAGGAGCCGGCGUUCGCUGCGCUCAAUCGCCGCUCGUCUACUGCCUCCGUGAAGGCGUUCUUCUCGCCCAUGGCGUUUGAGGGCCCGACUCGCAUCGCGCGGCCGUCUGCGCAGACGCGCCAGCACACGGACCAGGGCUUGCACGAUGUCUUUGCGGAGAAUUGCUCGACGGCGCGCUCGCAGGCGCUCAUGCGCGAGGACGAGCUGUUUCAGGUGCGUAAGAGACCUGGUGCGGGUAUGGCGCGCUCGAACUCGGGCUUGAGCAUCACGGGCGCUAUGGGCUUUGCGGCGAAGCGUCGGUAUGAUAGCGUGCUGCUGAACCGGAGGAAGAGCUCCAUUGAUGGAUCGGUCGAACUCCAUAGCGAGGUUGAGGGCGGGAAGAGCUUGACGACGUUGUCGAAUAGGGCGAAGUCGUUGACGAGGCGGCGAAAGAAACAGCUCCCGUCGAUCGUCCCUGCUGCGUCCAACCUGGCGAAGGUGGAUUCUGAGGUCGAGAUGGAGACGCCUGUCACCCAAAGCCCGGGUACCAUUCUUGACUCACCGUUGCUCCGUUCGCAGUGCUCUUCUGCUACCUCGUCCAAUGCUGGUUCUGCCCUCCCGAGCCCCGUCGACACCCCACUCCCGCUCCCGCUCCCAGACGUACCCCAGGAAGCGACCCUCCGCCAGUCAGACGUGCUCGUGGUGCGCGGAGAAGACUACAGGCCCAAACGGACCCGAUCGAUGGUCGAUAACGUGCGGUACUUCUUCCACUCCCACCCAGAGUCCCCGACGUCGUCAUCUGGCCACUCCUCGCCUACGCCGCCACUCGUGACGCCGGAGCCGGAGCCUGAGCCUGAGGCGCCUCCGAGCUCCUUCAUGCCAUGGUGGCGCAAGACGACGUUGCGCCGCCGGGUGCAGAGUUCCCCCGAGGUCCCCGGCGAGGAGCCGCAGCAGGCGGUUGCUGCGGGUCGGUCGUCGGAGGAUAAUCAUAAUUCUUUCCUUUGGAAGGUCCUGCCUGACAGGCCCAAGGAGGAACCCGCGCAUACUGCGAUGGAUGAUGAUGGUCAGGCUGGGACGGCAAGCUCACGCCGAGGCACGGAUACCAUCCCUAGUCGGCGACGAUCCCUCCUGGUGCCGUCGACGUUCUUUCGCGAGGCGAGUCCGCAGCCAACACCGUCGGCGCCGCCGCCUGCGAUGCCUGUCGCGCGGAAGACGCUGAAGAGCGUGUUGUUCUUCCAGCGGUCGAACUCGUUCACGCCCAUGGAUUUGGACCGGACACACGAACCUGACCGAUGA